GCUUAUUGUAAUUUUAUGUUAUACAUUUUUCAUAUAUUUUCAUAUUUAACACAUACUUUUUAUACAGUGCCAGUUUCAGAACCAACAUUGCUGGAGAAAAGACUGUGCGAAAUAUUUGAUAUAUUUGAUACUGCAAAGACUGGUGAAAUAGACGUUAGAGAUUUGGGAACCAUUAUUAGGGCAUUAGGAUGUAUUAUUACCGAAGCAGAAUUACAAGAAAUACAAGUUGAAGUGGAAGAUGUAGUAAACAAUUGUGUGCCAUUAAAUAAGUUUCUAGAAUAUAUGUCUAAAGCUAUUAAUGAACGCAAAUUUAAACCAGCAGAACCAGAAGAUUUAUUAAAAGCUUUCCAAUUAUUAGAUCCCGAAAAUCGAGGAUAUAUUAUGCGAGAAGAUCUAGAAAAAGCAAUGAUGGAAAUUGGAGAACCAUUUUCAAAGGAAGAAAUAAGUAACAUGAUGGCUAUUGCAUGUGAUCCACAAACAAGAAAAAUUAAUUAUGAACAUUAUAUUAACUUACUGCUCAUUUAUGGUGAUUUUCAAGAAACGAGAACAUGGGUUGGUACUCGCGGAGCGCUGAUCUGCACUGCUUGUCGAAAUAAGGGAAAUAUUCAAAUGAAAAUCUUUCGUUUUACUGAAAUGAGUAACUUUUAUUUAUACGAUCAUUGAGUCAACUUCCAUAAUCAUACUAAAGGCAAGUUCACGCGAUAGCACUAUGGCGUUAUUUAAAUGAUAUUUUUUGUUACUUUUUACUUUUCAAAUUAAUGCUUAUGCUUCAUUCUAAUUCUAAUAAAUUCCUUAUUUUACAUUACUUAAUCAAUACAUUUGUAUUUACAUUUAUUAUUUAUUAUAGAAAAAUUUCUGAAGUUAAAAAUAAUAGUUCACUAAUAUAUAAUAUUAUUGUUAUGUAUAAUUUAAUAUAAUAACAAUAUAUAAUAACAAUAAUAUUCUAAUAAUAUAUUAAUUUAAUAUAUAAUAAGAUAAUUUAAUAUAAUUUAGUAUAAUAUAA